AUGUCUUACUCUUACUAUCAUCACCCAAGGGUCAACCCUACAUAUCAACAAGCAUUUCCACCAUAUAACCCUCAAACCCAGGACCGAUUCCCUUAUCCAGCUCAGCCAGGUCCUUCCACCGUGUAUCAGUCAGGCAUCAACAACCAAUCAUUUUAUACGCCGAAUUCUGGUCAUUAUCAUCCCUCACCGCGGCCUACAACAGAUCAUAAGAGCAAAGGGUAUAGAUACCUCGAAAGUCUGUCCACAUCAGUGUCCAACUUGAAUAUCAACCCCACACACAACGGCUACAAUCCUGAAUCAAGAGUCAGAUUACAUUCCGAUCCCAUCUCACCAAAUUACAACAAACGCCUACCUGCCCUACCGCCUCCUCCGCCUUCGAAUCGAUAUGAAGAGUAUCCGUCGAUGAAUGAUGCUGGACCUUCUCACCAGGACCUGACGCCACCACCUCUACCCCCUAGACCCAUAUCUAUGCCUCUGCCUGAAACCCAUGAUGACUUACCCGAACCAGUAACAAUUUACUCUGUGACAAAGUACAACCAGCGUUUGGACGGCCCCCAAUCACUAGGUAGUAACAGAGAUUCAGCUUCGAAAAGUCAGAAGGUUUCUUCCCCUCCCAAGACGUUCAGGCCGUCUGUCCACCCACACUCCAAACCUCGUCUAUCCGACGAGAAUCGCCUACGACCCCUGUCACCUCAUACGCCACCACGACCUAAAUCAGACUCUGCCAUACCUACAUCCUCGAAGAAAAAAGGGAAAGGAAAAGCUACCUCCUUUUCUACCAGUACACCUAAGAGCAAGAUAAAAACGCCAACUAGGCGAAAGGAAGGAAAUAACGAUCCAGAUUGGAAUCCGAUCAUCGAUCUGACCAUCUCUUCUUCCGAAGAUGAUUCAGAAGAAGAUCGCAAUGAGACGAUCACUCCUCGUUCUAGCGCGCGCAGGAAACGCGCCAUAUCGGAACAACCUAGUCGGACAUCCGUCCACACUAGUACACCGUCCAAAUCCGGCAGUAACAGUGAAUCUCGUACACCUGGUAAAGAUAGUACGCCAGGCGUAGUGCAAUGUUCAGGAUUUACAAGAACGGGUCAACCGUGUAAGCGAUUGGUGAAAGUGUCGGCACCCUACCUCUCAGCGAGAGAUACGAAUGUCGAACCAGGUGGUGAUGAAAGAAGUGAAAAAGUCAUGGGCAGGUAUUGUAAGGAUCAUGCGGGUAUGAUUUGUCAGGUGGAUGGGUUUUACUGGAGAGGUGAUAGUAACAAAGCAGGAAUAUGGAUAGAAUUCAAAGAAUUCAUUCCACCUGAUCUUGGGCAGCAAACUCAAACUCUACUAAGGAUGACGAUGGAGAGUAAGCUUACGGCCAAGGAAACAUCCGGUUAUUUGUAUGCGUAUGAGCUUAGAGACCUUGAAACACCUUCGGUGGCUUACUUCAAAGUCGGUAGAACCGAUAACGUACCUCGCCGAAUCGGUGAAUGGACGAAUCAAUGCCAAUCUAAGAAACCUACUUUACGAGAUAUCUUCCCUCUCCCACCAUCGAAAAAUGUCAAUAGCGGCUUGCAAAGAUCAGGAACAUUGACGACCUCUUUCUUGCCUGGAGCUACGACUCAUCUGAACCCACCUUCCAAAGCGAUGAAACGAUGGGAGAGAUUGGUUCAUCUCGAAUUAUCCGAAAGGAGUUCUUCCGGUUCGAGGGAAAGUCAAACAGCUUUCGAGAAAGUGAGAGAGAAAUGUAAAGAUUGUGGAUUAUCCCAUCGAGAGAUUUUCCCAAUUUACAAGAAUGGUAAUCAAGAUCGAGUGUACGAAUCGAUCGUCAUGGAAGUGAUAUGCAGAUGGGAUAAAUUUAUCAAUCAUAUAACGGAAGGAGUGGGAGCGGAAUGA